GAGGAACAAGAUCAAGACCUGCUUUAAUUGUGGAGCCCCCAGGGCAGGGUCUGAGAAAUAUAAAGGCAUUCGGCAGAGGGUGGGAGGAGGACAGAGCUGACAACCAGCCCUCCUGGAUCAAGGCAGAAGAGAGGCAGCAUCCAAAAGUCUGAAAGACAAAAUAUGGCUCAAGAAGGCAGGCAGAAGCGGUCUACUUGCCGUUCCGAGAUGGUCUGCUGGCCUGUGCUGAAGAGGAUACAAGUGAUACUGCGGAAGGAGAUGGUGCGAGAAUUCCUGGCUGAGUUCAUGAGCACAUAUGUGAUGAUGGUGUUUGGCCUUGGUUCUGUAGCCCAGAUGGUGCUUGGAAAUAACAAAUUUGGAAGCUACCUUGCUGUCAACUUGGGUUUUGGCUUUGGAGUCACCAUGGGAGUGCACGUGGCUGGCAACAUCUCAGGGGCCCACAUGAACGCAGCUGUGACCUUCACCAGCUGUGCGCUAGGCCGCAUGCCCUGGAAGAAGUUCCCCGUGUAUGUGUCGGGUCAGUUCCUGGGCUCCUUCACGGCUGCUGCCACCAUCUACUGCCUCUUCCUCAAGGCCAUUCUCCACUUCUCGGGCGGACAGCUGACGGUGGUGGGUUCCACAGCCACUGCUGGCAUUUUUGCCACCUACCUUCCCAACUACAUGACAUUAUGGUGGGGCUUCCUGAAUGAGGUGUUACUGACAGGGAUGCUCCAGCUGUGUCUCUUCGCCAUCACGGACAAGGAGAACAACCCAGCACUGCAAGGGACCCAGGCCCUGGUGAUUGGUGUCCUCAUAGUCAUCAUUGGGGCGUCCUUGGGCAUGAACACAGGAUACGCCAUCAACCCAUCUCGGGACCUGCCUCCUCGCUUCUUCACCUUCAUUGCUGGCUGGGGCAAAGAGGUGUUCAGGGACAACUGGUGGUGGGUGCCAGUCGUGGCACCAUUCCUGGGUGCCUACCUAGGUGGCAUCGUCUACCUGCUCUUCAUUGGCAUCCCACAAAACCCCCAGAGACUGGAGAACUCCGUGGUGUGUGAAGACCACAGGAUAACUGUAUUACCCAAGAGCAGCCUGUGCAUGACCUCGUCUUGCACUCCUGUCUCUGCAGCCCCUGCCAACAUAGCUACUGUAGCUCAGCCUGCCCCUCCCUUAAGUGGCUCCAUGCCCCUAGAGCACUUCUAAGUAGAGUCUGUGAUCCUACCCCAGUAAGAGAGCCUUGUUCCACAACAGUACUCUCAUGCCCUGAGGACGUCCUUCCUUCCCGGGUUCUUCUGCGAGCUUCCAGGCUAUGCCUUAGCUCCAGGCUGGAGCACAGGGUGGAGAGACCUCAAUUCUUUCCAGCUCUGGGAGCUGGCGAGGCUGGGUAAGCGACCUUGUAGUCUGAGGGCAAGUUGAAAAGGAUUCCAGGCACAGAAUGGUGGACUUUUAGGCAUAGGAGAGGAAGGCGAUGGUUUGGGGAAGGAUCAGAGCUAGGUAGCUGGUGUGGGGCUGACUCUGGGGAUGCACCAAGAGUGCCCUGGGAUAGGACUUUGAGUGGUCCUGUGUCCUCCCUUCCUCCAGUCCUGGCCAGUUGUCAUAUAAGGCAAGGCCCAAGGGUGCAGAUCAGAAUUUAUCAAGCUAUUUUUUGCUGUUGUUAUUUUGUUAGCGUUUUCUUCAGCAGCCUUUUGGAUAUAUAUUUUUUUACUUCACAUUUUAAUACCAUAGGUAUACCACCACAUAGGUGUCUGUGCUUUGUACAUACAAAUAGUUGUGCAUAAAAAUUGUUUUUUUUUUUUU